UAACAAAAAAAGGCUAUAGGAUAAGCAUAUAACGUCAUUAUUAUUUUAAGUCGGCAACUCAGUAUUUCAACAGUGCUUGUCGACGAUAUAUAUCCAAUUGUUAACUUUUCGCUGACUUGCCGUUCGACAAAUCGACCGUGAGUCCGCAUUUUCCCAUUUUGUCUCGUUCUAGAUCUAGAAUUUGAGAAAGACAACUAGUGAAAGCUAAACGGUGGAAAAAAACCGGUAUUUGCCGCAGACGUCGCUUUUCUCAAUCUCCGAACAUCUCAACUUACCUAAACUCGAUACCGUGUUUUUUCACUAAUUUUAUCACCAAUUUCCAGCACUUUAUCAACAAAAAUGUCCAACGAUUCUAUUAAAUCGUUCAAUAACCUAGAAUCACCAGGUUUUGUUGGUUUUGCUAAUUUACCAAAUCAAGUUCACCGCAAAUCAGUGAAGAAAGGCUUUGAAUUCACACUCAUGGUAGUUGGAGAGUCAGGUUUGGGAAAGUCAACUCUUGUGAAUAGUCUGUUUUUGACGGACUUGUAUCCCGAACGUACUAUUCCUGAUGCCAUAGCGAAAACCAAACAAACAGUAAAAUUAGAUGCAUCCACUGUUGAAAUCGAAGAACGUGGUGUCAAACUACGGCUUACAGUAGUCGAUACUCCUGGUUUUGGUGAUGCCAUAGAUAAUUCUGAUAGUUUUCGAGCUAUUAUCCAAUAUAUUGAUGAGCAAUAUGAACGAUUCUUAAAAGAUGAAAGUGGAUUGAACAGACGUCAUAUUAUUGAUAAUCGUGUUCAUUGUUGUUUUUAUUUUGUUUCUCCGUUUGGCCAUGGAUUAAAGCCACUAGAUAUAGAGUUAAUGAAAAAAUUGCACAAUAAAGUGAAUAUAGUUCCUGUAAUUGCUAAAUCAGAUGUUCUUACAAAAAAAGAAAUACAAAAGCUUAAGAAAAGAAUACUAGAAGAAAUUAAUGCUAAUGGCAUUAAAAUUUAUCCAUUACCUGACUGUGACAGUGAUGAAGAUGAAGAUUACAAAGAACAGGUAAAGCAAUUGAAAGAAGCUGUACCAUUUGCUGUUUGUGGUGCAAACCAAUUAUUAGAAGUCCGCGGUAAAAAAGUUCGAGGACGAUUCUAUCCUUGGGGUGUUGUCGAAGUUGAAAAUCCUGAGCAUUGUGAUUUCAUUAAAUUACGUACUAUGCUCAUUACUCACAUGCAAGAUCUUCAAGAAGUAACACAAGAAGUGCAUUAUGAAAACUAUCGAUCCGAACGUUUAGCAAAAGGAGUACCUGUUCCAAAAAGAACUACAUCGCUCCCAGAACACGAAAAAAAUGCUGGUUCAGAAAAAGAUAGAAUUUUGCUAGAAAAAGAAGCAGAACUGAAACGUAUGCAAGAUGUUAUUGCAAAAAUGCAAGCUCAAAUACAACAACAAACACCUUAAUUUAAUUUUUAUGUUAAUCAUUUCUGUACAUUUUUUAUUUUUUUUACCAACAAAAUGGAUAGUAUAAUGAUGCCAUUAUUCCCAACAAUUUUAUUCUCCUGAUUAGUGUACUUUAUAUAAGAUUUAAAAUUACAAACCUAUAAAUUAAACAACUAUUUUAUUAUA